GUUCUGAAUAACAUUCUUUACUUCCAAAAUCAACAAUGGCAACUGUCAGCGCUGCAUUGAAGUCUCGUGUUCGUCGUCCAGCCUUGCUUAAAAAGGUUAUGACUGCCGAAGAUACCCUCAAGUUCUUUGAGCCUGGACAGUAUCUCGGUUGGUCUGGAUUCACUGGUGUUGGAUACCCCAAGAUGAUCCCUAUCGCCAUGGCCGAGCACGUCGAGAAGAACAACCUUCAGGGCAAGUGGAAGUUCAACCUCUUCGUAGGUGCCUCCAGUGGUGCUGAGUGCGAAGAUCGUUGGGCUGCCAACGACAUGAUCGACCGUCGUUAUCCCCAUCAGGUCGGAAGAAACAUCAAGAAGGGUAUCAAUGCAGGUCGCAUUCGUUUCGCCGAUAAGCAUUUGUCCAUGUUCCCUCAGGAUCUUGUCUAUGGUUUCUACACCAAGGAUAAGCCCAACAAGAAGCUCGACGUUGUCAUUAUUGAGGCUACCGCUAUCACCGAAGAUGGCCACAUUGUUCCCGGUGCUUCCGUUGGUGCCACUCCCGAACUCAUCCAGAUGGCCGACAAGAUUAUCAUCGAAGUCAAUACCCGCAUUCCUUCCUUCGAAGGUCUCCACGACAUCACCAUGUGCGAUCUCCCCCCUUACCGCAAGCCUUACCUUGUCAUGAGCACCGAAGACAGAAUCGGUUCCCAGGCUAUCCCCAUCGACACCGACAAGAUUCUUGCCGUUGUUGAGAGCAACCGCCCCGAUUGCACCGGCCCCAACACUCCCGGUGACGAAAAGGCCAACGCAAUUGCUAACAACCUCGUCGAGUUCUUGGAACACGAAGUCAAGAUGGGCCGUCUUCCCGAAACCCUUUUGCCCCUCCAGUCUGGUAUUGGAAACAUUGCAAAUGCUGUCAUUGGUAACCUCGCAAAGUCCAACUUCAAGGACGUUACUGUCUUCACUGAAGUAUUGCAGGACACCUUCUUGGAGUUCUUUGACUCUGGUAAGCUCAAGUUCGCCAGCGCCACAUCUAUCCGUUUCUCUCCCGAUGGUUUCGAUCACUUCUACAAGAACUGGGAAAGCUACAAGGACCGCCUCCUUCUCCGCAGUCAGCAGGUCUCCAACUCACCUGAAAUCAUUCGCAGACUUGGCUGCAUUGCCAUGAACACUCCCGUCGAAUUUGAUAUCUAUGGCCAUGCCAACUCUACCCUUGUCUGCGGUUCUGGUAUGCUCAACGGUCUUGGUGGUUCCGGUGAUUUCUUGCGUAACUCUAAGCUCAGUAUCAUGCAUACUCCUUCUACCCGUCCCUCCAAGACCGAUCCCAACGGUAUCACCUGUGUCGUUCCCAUGUCUACCCACGUCGAUCAGACCGAGCACGAUUUGGAUGUCUAUGUGACCGAACAGGGUUUGGCAGAUCUCCGUGGUUUGUGCCCCCGUGACCGUGCUCAGGUUGUCAUCGACAAGUGCGCCCACCCUGACUACAGACCCCUUCUCCAGGACUACCUUGACCAGGCCACCAAGCAGUGCUUGGCUAGAGGCAUGGGUCACGAGCCCCAUAUGCUCGACAAGGUCUUCAAGAUGCAUACCAACCUCCUUGAGAACGGUACCAUGAAGAUUGACUCUUGGUAAAAAAAAAAAACAAAAAACAAAAUAACCAAAAAGCCAAAAUGUUCCUUUCAUUAUUACACUUUUCUCUUAGAAGAAGAAAAACAAAACUAAAAAAAAAACUAAAAACUAAAAUAUACACACGCACAUAUCUCUUUCUCUUUCUUUCCUUUUUUUUUCUUUCUCUCACCUUGCUUGUACAAAAACCACUCAAUAAAUUUCUAUUAUGAUCCACUCUACAAU